CCCAUUUUCCCUGAUUUUAUUCCAUGAAAGGACUCAAGCACAUGACUGCAUUUUCUAGGAUUUGUGGAAGAAAUAGCUUAGUAUUUUCCUUUGUAUGAGUGCCUUUAAAUUUCGGCCAUAGGCCUAUUGUAAUGCUCAGAUUUUUAUUCUUCAUUUCAAGAUAGAAAUACACUGGUUGUAUUCUGUUUUCAAAUCUUAAUUUCUAUAUCUUAAGGUUGGUUUCCUUAAGUGUGAGUGUUAGGUUCUAGUUAUUUAAUUGAGUGUGUAAUAUCUUAAUUAAAUUCUAGACUCAAACCCCAAGUGAGGAUAAGAGUGUGUUAUAUCUCUUAAAACCUACUUGGUUUUUAUCCCUUUUCCCCUCUUAUUUUCCCUUCCAAAUUUUCGGCCCUCCUAAAAAGCACAACCAGUAUCCCCCUUUUUCUCCCCUAUUCUUAUGCCUUUAAACCAUCUUAAAAAUCAACCCUUCAUCCUCCUCCAUAUACUCGACCAGUCCACUCCCCUCCCUUUCCAAACCCAAGCUUAAAUAUAUCACGUGGAAAGGUGGAUCUUAAACCCUGCAAAGUCUAGUUCAGAACUGUGGUCUCCCGGCUGACCUCCGUGUUGACUGAGAAGAGGAGGCAGUUGCUGGAACAAGCAAAUGUUCCGAUCGUCUAGUUCCGGCUCUAGCAAUGGCUACCACUACGAUGGAGAUGGCAGCAGCCUCGCUGCAGGCCGCCGUGGGAGAAGAAGGCUCAGCCGCGGCAGAGUACGCACCCAUGGAAAUGGCAAUGUCGAGAGUGGGGCUAGGGUUUCUCAUUCGCAACACCAGCAGCAAGAUGAAGUAGAAAGGCCUACCCCUCCUUGUACCGAAUUCGACAAGGCCUACUUUCACUCCUAUGCUCAUGUUGGAAUUCAUGAGGAGAUGAUAAAGGACCGCGCUCGUACAGAUGGUUAUCGGAAUGCUAUUUUUCAGCACCAGAAUCACAUUGCCGGAAAAGUUGUGGUUGAUGUUGGAUGUGGCACAGGUAUUCUCUCUAUAUUUUGCGCUCAAGCUGGUGCUAGACGGGUAUAUGCAGUAGAUGCCAGUGAUAUAGCAGUUCAGGCAAAUGAGGUUGUGAAAGCCAAUAACUUAUCUAACACAAUCAUUGUGCUUCAUGGACGGAUUGAGGAUGUUGAGAUAGAUGAAGAGGUUGAUGUUAUAGUUUCAGAGUGGAUGGGAUACAUGCUUCUUUAUGAGAGCAUGCUGGGCAGUGUCAUAACCGCUAGAGACAGAUGGCUGAAACCAGGUGGUCUUAUUCUUCCAUCGAGCGCAACGUUAUAUAUGGCACCAGUAACAAAUCCAGAUAGAUAUAGUGCAAGCAUAGACUUUUGGCGCAAUGUGUACGGGAUAGACAUGUCUGCUAUAAUGCCAUUAGCAAAGCAAUGUGCAUUUGAAGAGCCGUCUGUGGAAACAAUAAAUGGUGAAAAUGUCUUGACAUGGCCCCACGUGGUAAAGCAUUUAGACUGCUAUACUGUGACUAUUCAUGAGUUAGAACAUGUUAAAACGAGUUUCAGAUUUCAGUCAAUGAUGCGAGCACCAUUUCAUGGGUUUGCUUUCUGGUUUGAUGUGGAAUUCAGUGGUCCUGCAACAUUUCCAUCUAAUAUUGAUACACCUUCAUUCAUCGAGCAUUCAAAUGGUAACAACAUUGAUGGAAAACAGAGAAAGAAGCGUGCGAAUCCCAGUGAUUCCCUCGUGCUGUCUACAGCACCGGAGGACACCCCAACACAUUGGCAACAGACAUUGAUAUACUUCUAUGAUCCAAUUGACGUGGAGCAAGAUCAAGUUAUUGAAGGCUGUUUAGAAUUGUCACAAAGCAAAGAAAAUGCUAGGUUCAUGAACAUUCAUUUGAAGUAUUCAGCCGGUGGGCGUUCCUUUGUUAAAGAAUCAGUGAUGCGAUAAAUGCCAAAAUAUGGUUUUCUACUGGUAGUUCUGUGAUAUUAAUUUUCAUCUGGUCAGAUUGAUGUGUUUUAUACAGUGCUCGGGGUCGUUCCUAUGUAAGAGUCAUUUUGUUUUUUUUUUUCAAAACUAAACUUCUUUGGGAGAAAAGAGUAGAAAUAAUAAAUAUUAUUUGUAUUAGUUUCCUUAUAUAUAUUAGUGAUUAAUAGUUCCAAGUUGAGUCUGAUUCUGCUGUACCACAGAGCAGUGAUUUAUUCAAUUCAGUAAACGGAGGUGCAGCUGGGAUUUAUUAUUUUGGUUCAUUCUCACAUGGAUUUGUCUGUUCGUUGGAGGGGUAGUGAUUUAUUUAAGCGACAAAUUGAGGUUAAUCAU